AUGGUGGAGGGCAAAAUGGGGAGAAAAUUGUUGGUGGGGUUGAUGGGAAGGGAAUUGAGGGUGAUGGUGGAGGUGGAGGUGGAGGUGGAGCACACAUUUUCGCAGGACGGGCGAAAUUCGGAUGAGUUGAAACCAAACAUUGCUGAUAUGUCUAUUUUUGUGCAAGAUCUUCUUCAACAAAUGCAAACCAGGUUUCAAACAAUGUCUGAUUCCAUUAUUGCAAAGAUUGAUGAAAUGGGAGACCGUAGAAACAAGCUGGAGAACAGCAUCAAUGACCUAAAAGCAGAGAUGGGCGUGGAUGGCUCUCCUUCCCCUUUAGCCCCAUCAAAGCAAAAAUAAGAAAGAAAGCAAUAGGAUGGCUCAGCAUAAAACUUGGCCAAAGAUUGUGUUUAGCAGUUGAUUGUGAUUGUAAUUAGGUGAUAUCUUGUUUCGAUUGAGACUACUUUGGCAAGCAAGAGUAGGGACAUUACUAUGUGUCCCUCUUUUCCAAUUUUUUUUUUACAUGUACCAAGUUCUUCUGUGCACCGUGUUGUUUAGCAAUUCAUAGAGGGAAAUAAUGAUAUGAAGUGGUUUCU